UGGGCAGGGUCCCCAAGGCUGUGUAAGGACACUGAUUUUAUCAUCUUUUUUUCUGUGUUGAGACUAUCUGUUUCAUUUUUAGGACGCCUCUGCAUCUUGCUUCUGCGAAUGGCCACGCAGAUGUCAUUCGAUAUCUAGCAGGAAAGAACUGCAAGCUGGAUGUGGCUGAUAACUUAAAAAGAACGCCACUGAUGAGGGCAGUACAGUGCCAGCAAAAGAAAUGUGUGGCUGUUCUGCUAGAACAUGGUGCUGACCCAAAUCUGGCAGAUGCUGAUGGAAACACUGCCCUUCACCUGGCUGUCCUGUCUGGUAACACCACUGUAGCAGGGCUGUUGCUUGAGCACAAUGCCAGUAGUGAUGCUGAGAACCAGGAGGGAUAUACCCCCUUAAAUCUUGUCUCCAAAAAGCAUGAAGAAAUGCAGUGUCUUCUAAGAAAAGCAGGUGAUGGGUAUGCUGCUGAGCAGUGUGAAAGGACUGCUCUUGCGGUUACUACAAGCCAUGAGGCUGAUGUGGAGGAAGAGAACCUGCGCUUGCAGGAAGAGAACCUGCACUUGCAGGAAGACAAGCUGCACUUGCAAGGAGAGUUGGAGAAGGUUAAAGUGGAGGUAUGGAAAGCCUGUCCCAACAGAAGUAAAUUAUGGUGUGCUUGUUGCUUUCCUGUUCAUGGUGAAAAUUGGCAAAAGACAGAAGGAGAGAGACCUAAAUAA